UGAGUCUUGGCCAACUUUGCGUGCGUUUUAAAAGCGCUGGAUCCGACCACUUCCAUCCAAGAACCAAAUCGCGUCGCGACGUCACCUCUUCAAACCGUCUUAUGAUGCCCAUAAGUGCCAUCACCACUUCUCAAGCAUGACUUCGUCAAAUACAGCCGCGCAAGACCAGCUCCCGUCCGGCUCCUUCUCACUCAACAUCUUUUCCAAGCAGCAGCCCCGCAAACUAUGCAAGACCAACUGCGCCCGCAUCGAAGUCAGCAUCCUGCAUCCCUGGUCUGGCCCGUGUGACGAUGAUCCGCACUCCGACCCCGAAGACCCGCUAGUUUCGGACCCCCGGGCUGCAGGGACCGCCGAUCCUCAGCCUUACGAGUCCGCAUCACGUGCUGCGCUCCCUACCGCCGCAUCCAGGGAUUCCUUCCCGUUCGUGCAUCUCCCGCUCGAGAUCCGACGGGCCAUUUACGCACUGUUGCUCCCCGCCGGAGUGCACAAAAUCAGCACGCAGCUCCCGCACAACGGGCUGUUCUACCGCCGUGAUGCGGUACCAGCGUACGCGACGCAGAGUUUCUAUCCCGGCCCCGCGCCGGAUCGGCUCACGACGUAUCAGGUGCAUUCAGAGACGCCUCCGGGCCAGAGACUGCAUCCUGAAAUCUUGGGCGUGAGCCGACAGAUAUGCACGGAGGCGGAGGAGGUCCUGUAUGCAGCGCCGGGAACCGUGUUUGAUUUCGGCGUCUAUGCCGAUGCGUGCUUGGCGUUUUGGAAGGAUCGCUCAGCAGCAGCGCGGAAACAUGUCAGGGAGAUACGGAUCGCGCGUGAGAUGCCCCAUGUCGGGGAUAUGGGCGCCGGCGUUGAUGCGCGGUGGGCCAGGCUGUGUGCGUAUCUGGAGCAGGAGAUGAAGGGGCUGAGAAGGGUGGGUUUGGAGCUCUUGGGGGCGGGCGAGGAGGUGGAAUGGAGAGACUGCGCAUUGAUGGCUGGGUUGGGAGAGUUGGGAGGGAGAGCGAGGGUCACGUGGUGGGGAUUUGGGGAUGAAAAGGGGGAGGAUGAUGAUAAGAUACCUUAGGUAGGGAGGUAGAUAGACGGGACAAAAGGUAGAAACAGAUCGUGGGAAGGAUUUAUUAAUCUCUGUAACACAUCACAGUCAAUAUAUCAUCAUACAUGUUGGGUACCUUACCUUACUUACCUCAUG